UUAGUUUGCGGAUUAGAUAAAAGCGACGCAAUUCAAAUGCUCACUGAGGCAGACAGAAGAGCUGUUAGUUAAUUGGCAGCGCUAUAAAUAAUAUUUGUAUGCCUUCCUUUUUGUUAUGACUACGAAGCGGCUUAAGUAAGCAUGUACAUAUGUACUUAGUAGGUUUAUUUCAAUUCAAAUAGAAUAUGCGAUUUAAAAAUAAUUCCCGACAUGGUGACAUUCAAUUUAAAAUUCAUACAUGUUUGCAUUGUGACCUCGUGAGAGCAUUCCCAGUGCCGUAUGCUCCUUUCGAGCGUCAUUGCACUAAAAAUGUUUAACUUUUUCUCCUCGCUUACGUAUAUUUCGUUGAUAUUUUAUGAUAUCGCUGAGCGGUUAGCAUUAGGUAUGUGCAUAUAUGUAUAAUACUUCCAAAGUCUCCUAUGCCGGAAUCUUUUGCCACCUCACCCUCCUCCAGCAUAUUAACAUCAGCCGUCCAUCGGUGCAUCCUUUAAAGUCGCGCGUAUAGCAGAUCAUCCGCCGUUUUUUUUUUGUUUUUUUAGGAUGUAGUUCUGGCUUCCAUCCCUCGACUUUGUUUCGAAACCUGCUACACCUUCUGCUACUGCGUUUCCUUGACUAAUCAUUUGAUAUAUAAGCACCUUCGUCUUUGAUUGUGACCGAAUACAGUUUCAGUCGAGAAUUUAAAGAAGAGCAUCUAGACCACUUCGUUCGGUCAUUUUAGUGAGUGGUCAUCCUUGCAUUAAAUUAUUUUCAGCUUGUGGAACCACCCAAACAGUCAAGCCGGUUCUGUUUAUUGGCCUUCACAUUUGUUUCUUCCGCUACUUAGGAAUCACGCUUGAUGUUUGACGGCAUGGCUUCAUCAUAGCGUUUCGCCUUUUUAGCCGGCGUAGCUGGCUCGUUCGAUGUCUCUAUGAUUCUGCGAUUAAGUUCACAUAUGAAUUUCGGACUAGUAGGUCCGGUGACUACUCAGCUUCCCUAGCCCAGGCCGGCCUUGUCUAAAUCUACGUCGUAAGGGUGUAUACAACGAGCGCUGCUCAAUAUCCGGUCGACAUUCGCGCGGUUUGUUAGUUUUGAACAAAGUUUCAGGCUGAUUUGAAAUACUUGGUAAUACCUUCGAGAAAAACUUGAAUGCGAGAGUUAUCUAUUACUUAGGUUAGAGACUUCCGUUAGGAGCAUAAAGCUUUCUAAAUGUCGUUUCGAUAAAAAUGGACCUUAUCCUCUCUACGGAGAUGUACAAAUUCUAGGUUCAGCGCUUUGAGCCAUGACAAAAAUUAGCCGUCUAUAAAUGUAUAGCUAGAUCUAUAGGCAAGCCUUUGGAUCCAUUCUGAUAUACUGGCAUAGUGUAACGAAAAAGUCAUCAUCAUUGCGUUGGAGUUUAGGCCUUCUGCCUCUCGAUUUGUUAGGACAACGUUACAACAAGAGUUGCUAAAAUAGCCACCCUGGCUCUCUUACUUAAUUAAAAUAGAACAAUGGAAGAAAUUAGCCUUACAUUUGGCGGCAAGAAAUUAUUCGUAACUAAAAUAUUUUCGACAGGGUGCUGUUUUUCCAUUUGCGUACACAGUAUUUACCUGCAUACAUACAUGUCUAUGUAUAAGCGUUUACGUAUUUGGGGUGCAUGUAACUUACUUUCUACGCUAAUUUAUGGUUAGAAUUUGCGCUUUACAAAUAUUCAUCUCAAAAAAUUGUACGGCUACUUGUUGUGGCAGCUGAGCUUAUUUAAAUAAAUACUUAAAAAAAAAUGUGUUUCUUCUAUAACAAUGCUAUAAAUCAGAGUACUCAUAAAAGUAUGUAGUCUAAGUCGUAUCGUCUCGGUCCUCGGAUGUGUAUUUCUUUUCGCUUGUGUGAUAGAUAAAAAGUCAGCUUUUGUAGCAUUGCGUUUGUUAUUUGACUUUUAAGCCUUGAGUAGGGCGCAUGUUUGCUACUACACCAAAAUUGUUGAAACUGUAGUUUUCUGGUUGAUAAGAGUGCAAUAUGUCGACGCCUGAUAUAAGUAUUAUGAGCUCAACUGAGAAUUUGCUGUCGAAACUGUCGAAGGAAGUUUUUAGCGGCUCCAACGCUUCCCAACACAACGAGGACUUCGAGCAGUCACAUGCGCCUGCUUGGCUCACAAAGGACUACCUGGAACGCUGUUUGCGUUCUCACCACCAAGAUAAUCAUCUAAAAAUACUCAAGUGGCACAUCCGGCCAGCGCUGGGAAAAGGUGAAAACUAUGGCGGUGUUUUAAGCCGCAUACGCGCCGACUAUCAAACGGGCGCGGGCACCGUGGCCACUGGGCACUAUGUUGUGAAGACAUCCUAUGAGGCUGAUGAGUUUGCGCGUAAAACAAUGGAACCCUACGAUAUUUUUAAUCGCGAAAUGUCCAUCUAUGAACAGGUGUUGCCGAAGUUGAACGCACUGCUGCAUGAGAUCGGCGACAACGAACAGAUCUUCGCCGAAACAAUGGCGGUGGAUCGUGAACGUUCCGCUCUCAUUUUCGAGGAUCUCAACGUGCGUGAAUUCAUCAUGCCCAAUCGGUUGGACGGACUAAAUAUGGAUUUGUCCCGAAUGGUGCUGCGCAAGAUAGCUAAGAUGCAUGCUACAUCUGCAGUGCUGAAUGAACGCGAAAGUGGCUGCCUGGAAAUUUAUGAUCGUGGUUUCUUCAAUCAGCACACAGACAAUUAUAUGCCCGGGUUUGAAGGACUGAUGAUGGCUUGCAGUCGUCGUGUUGCCCAGUGGGACGGGUACGAGUAUUACGCGCAGAAGUUGGCGAGCUUGAAGUCCAACUAUGCCAAAAUCGGCAAGAAAGUGUUCGAAGCCACACCAGGCCAUGUAAAUGUAUUGGCGCACGGCGAUCUCUGGACAAAUAAUGUGAUGGUGAAAUAUAAUAAAAAUACCGGCGAACCCUUGGAUGUGAUCAUCAUUGAUUUCCAAUAUGCAACUUGGGGCUCCCCAGCAUUGGAUCUGGACUAUUUCCUCAACACCUCAUUGGAAGAGCGAUUGCAUUUAAAUCAACAGGAUGAACUUAUACGUUGCUACUACGAAACCUUCUCGGAUACAUUGCGCAAACUACACUACCAGGCCAAUAUUCCAUGCUUGCACAAGUUCCAUUUGCAGCUAGAAGAAAAGGCAUUUUACGCUUUUCACUCAACUUGCAUUGUUUUACCGAUUCAACGCAACACAGAUACCGAAGACGCGGAUUUCCGGGCAAUAAUGCAAGAUGACGAACGCGGCAUUCGCUUCAAGGAUACUUGCUUUAAGAAUCCCUAUGUUCAACGGAUAAUCAAGCAGCUCUUGCCGUUGUACGAACGACGUGGCUUACUGGAAGUUACACAGUAGUUCAACUGGCUGUGAUAUUUGUGG